AUGGCGUGCCGCGCUUUCCCGAAAGUGAAGGAGGUGCGGGCUUACGUCCAAGAGACCGCGGACGUCAAGCAACACGUUCAAGGUGCCGAUUGUCACGAUGUGGCAGACCUGCACUGGAUCAAUGGCAACUUGCCACUCUGGAGCUCCAGUGACGGGGCUCCAGAGUUGCUUCCCAUAGCCAACCCUAUGUCUGUGCAUCCAGCUUACAAGAAACAUAGAAAAAGUUGGGGCAUUAAUGCUAUCGGAAGUAUGGUCGUCGAGGUGGAGGCCGAUGAUGGGACCACUGGAGUCGGAAUAACCAUCGGCGGCGAACCAGGGUGUUACAUCGUCGAGCACCAUCUCAGCAGGUUCGUCGAGGGGCAGGAUCCCCGCAACAUCGAGCUCAUGUGGGAUCAGAUGUUCAGAAGGCUAGCUGAGCAAGACUUGCACUUCACCUGGAUGGAAGAGUUCUUGCCACCUGAUGAGUACGACGGCUACGCAGAGGUGAGAAAAGCAGUGGGCAAUUUGGGGCUCCUGCUAACGACUGGUGAGCACGAGUAUUCCCGAUUUGGCUACAAGCAGCUGAUCGACAAGAAGGCCGCAGACAUUCUCCAGCCAGACAUCACGUGGCUCGGAGGGAUCACAGAGGCCCGCCGCGUGAUGGCGCAGGCGGCCGCCAGCGACGUCUUGUUCAUCAACCUCUCCCCGGACGGCACCGAGAUCAAGCCCUAUUUCGGGGGCCUCUUCCCCGACGAGCCGCUGCCGGCCGAGGGCAGGAUCACCCUGGAGCAGAUCUCCAAGCCCGGAUUCGGGUGCACCCUAUGCAAGGACGGGCUGAAGAGGCCUUACCCGAGGGCGCCUGAGGAGUCGCAGGCCCAGCGGGACCGCAACGCCAGUCUGUUCGAGGGCCCGUGCGCGGUCAAGCCAGUGAUGCCCCUGGUGGGCUCGUUCAUGCCUGGGCUGGGCGGUGACAAGCGGCCCUCCACCAUGGUUCUUCCCAGCUACGGGCAUAUCGGCUCCAAGGUUGGCAGCGGCCGCGUAGCGAGCCACGCGUGUCGCGGCGCUCCCUCGUGGAGCGCCCAGUCGACAGCCAUGGGCGACCUUGCCAUCGACUCGCAGAAGGAAUGCGCCGCGUGCGAGAAGGCUGCCAAGGACGCCAAAAAAACACCGCCGAGGCUGAUCGUCGACCACACCAUGGGCGACCUGAUCUGCACGGGGUGCGGCCUCGUCUUGCAGGACCGGUGCAUCGACGAGAGCGAGGAGUGGCGGACCUUCGCUUCGGAGGGCGUCGACAGCGGCCCCGGGUACAGCACGCGCUGCCGGGCAGAGCACGUCAAGCUCGGGGAUUUCGAUGCGUCCAACGACAUCGGGACCCACAUCGGCGGUGCCUCGCAGGUCUCCCUCGCGCUGCAGAAGGCGCAGCAGAGCGCCGAGGGCAACGCGCGGUCCUCCCGGUCCGCACAGGCGCAGCUGUCGGCGCAGAAGGAGGACCGCAUCAGGAAGCUGAUGGUCAGGAUCAGAGACCUCACCGGGAGGCUCUCGCUGGGAGAGUCCAUCAACAGGAGGUGCCACUCCCUGCUGCAGGACCUAGAGGCCAAGGGCAAGAUCACCCCACAAAUGCAGGCGUCUAAGCUGAACGCCAUAAUCCACCUGGCGAGCUCAUUGGAGCGAGCCACCCGGACCGUAGCAGAGCUGGCGGCGGCGAAUGCGAAGGCGGCCGGGAAGCACGGGCGCGAGCGAGACUUCGAGAAGACCAUCGAGAAGCGGGUCAAGGAGCUGAGCAAGGAUCUUGAGAUUAUGUUGCCCACACCUGUGGAGGACGAGGAGCUCAUGGCUCGGUUCGUGAAUAAGCUGGAGUUGCCGAGGGAGAUCUGCAAGCCUGCCCUGCACAUCGCGCGCCAAGCCGUCAAGCUCGACGUCGUCCGCACGAAGGCGCAGGCGCAGAUCCCCGUGAUGGCGUGCGCUAUUCUGAUCGCGGCAUGGCUGCUGGACUCUCCGAAGAAGCCGGACUUCGAACAAGUCGCCAAAGAAACGAAGGUGGAAGACGCGCAGGUGAGGGCCGCGUACAAGAGCAUGUGGGCGCGCAUCCGCCAGGGGCUCCUGCCGGAGGACUUCCAGUGCCGCCUGCCCGCGGGGGCGGACGGGCUGCCCCCGCCGCGGUGA